AUGUCUCGGGUUGAGGAGAAGUUGCGCUUGUGCUUUGAGUACGGCAAUUAUUAUGAGGCACAUCAGAUUUACCGUACAAUGUACAGUCGAUUGUCGAACCAAGGGAAAUGGCAAGAGAUACAAGAUAUGUUAUAUAGUGGAAUAUUGCGACUUUUAGAAGCAGGUGAAGCAGCAAGUGCAAUCGAUCUUGCCGAAUUAUUUGUGGAGGCUUUGGAGAAAUCUAAAACACCUGUCUCUUCAGCUGUUUUGGAUCGUUUUGAUGAACUGCUUAAUCUUUUACCAGCUCAGCUGGAAAAAGAUUUAGAAGCUAAUUCGGAGCGAGAAGAUCGGAGAAUACGGUACAUAUCACUAGGUAUCAAAUGGUCUAUGGCUGUAGGCGACAGGAAGCGCUACCAGCGACGUGGUCAUCCCGGAUUGCAUUUUCGCAUUGCGAAAUCAUUAUGGCGUGAUGGGAAUUAUAUGAAUGCGAGAAAUCAUUUUAUGUAUGCUGAUAAUCCAGAAACAUUUGCAAUAUUUCUCACUGAAUAUCAACUGAAAUAUGGCUACACUACGGAAAAAGACUUGUUCAUAGCACAGGCUGUUCUACAAAUGCUAUGCGAUCGAAGACCGAAGAGUGCCUUAAAAUUACUAGAAUCUUAUUCUGAUGUGCAUCCUGAUAUUAGAAAUGGAUUUCCCUAUCCAUUUCCAUUACUCAACUUUUUACAUUAUGCGAUAAUAUGUAUUGCUAAUAAACAGCUAGCAUACUUCACAGUGCUGAUCGAACAGUAUGAAAACGAAAUCAAUCGUGAUCCGGAGUAUAAACAACUGUUGGACAGAAUAGGUCAAAUAUAUAUGGGUAUGCCGCAACGACAAACAGCUCGAGGUGGAUUCCUGGGAAAUAUGAUUAAAGGCUUGUUAAGAUCACCAGAAAAUGAAUCAGGAGCAAUUGAAGAAUUUGAAACCGAUUCAGAAGAAAUGCUUCACAUACCGCUUAACGAUGAACAUGAUAGCUUAUUGAGUGCAUCCACAAGCAAAUUAGCAAGUAGGAAAAGUCAUGCAGAUGGAGCACAGAGCGAUGGUAUCACGGAUGAUAUGGAUUUAGAUUGA